GAAAAAUAUGUCAGAGUCCGCGAGGUUGCGUAUGCGGUCCGGAGUUAUUGGGCCUUUGCUCUGCGGCAAUACAAUGGCCGCUGAUGCUCAAUCCAGUCCAUCCCAAAAUAAAUAAAACGGAGGAAUCCAGUUGAUGUUGGUAUCUUUAUCGAGAGUAAGCCACUGCCGUCAGCAUCCAUGAUGCACAUGCCCUCAAUCUUUUCGCUCCUAUUGCUCGUCCCCUCACUGCACGCAACCACGACAAUAGUCCCCGCGGUGCCAGCGAACCAGGUCUCCCAAGUCACCUGGACGUCCGGCAAUUCAUCCUUUGAUGGCCCGAAAGUCUCCCCGAUCAAUUCGACAACGUGGACGGAUUGGUACUUUGAGGCCGUCGAAUCCCCCACCCCAGGCCCCGAGCAAGCCAGCAUCGUUGUCGCAUUUUACACGGCAACGCCCGGCGGCUUUGAUCUGCUUUCUGGUUUCGCAAGCGCAGGAUAUACCAGCCUCACGCUGGCUGAGGCCGAAGUGACAUGGCGGAACGGGACGACAGAAACGUUUUUGUUCAACGCGACCGAGGCCCGCAUCACCGUUGUUGGCGAUGGCGCUUCUGGGCUGUUUGGUGAGGAUCAGGACACGUGGGCUUCCUUUGCUGGCUCGCCGGACAUGUCCCUCUACCGGGUCGACUUGCGGUCAGCAGAGAUCUCGGGGUCUCUGACGUUGCGGUCGACUGCGCCUGCACAUUAUCCUUGUGGGCCGGCCGUAGCUGGGCAAAACCUACAGAUCGCACCGAAUAUCGGCUGGGCAAACGCGGUGCCCGACGCAGAGGCCACCGUUCAUUUCACCAUCCACGACCAGCCCUUUGAGUUUACCGGGAUUGGGUAUCACGAUCAGAACUGGGGCUCCGCCAGCAUUGCGGCAAACGUCGGCUCGUGGUACUGGGGCAACGGCCGAGUCGGCGACUACAGUAUCGUCUGGUACGAUCUGCUCACACCCGACGGCGAAAACACCAUCGCGGCAUAUGUCGCCCGGAACGGCGAGAUCCUCGUUGCGCAGUGCGCGGGUCUCCGUGUGCGGCCGUACGGAGCAAAUGCGACGUAUCCGCCGCUGAUAUCGACGGGGAACCCAACUGGGUUUACGGUUACAAUCGACCUUCCUGACGAACGGGUCGAACUCACGGCGACGGGCACGUAUAUUACGGCGGGGGGUUGGGAGAACGCGCCGUAUACGCGGUGGUCGGGCACAUUGCAGGGAAGGAUUGGCGGCGAGGACCUGGAUGGGAAGGCCAUUUUCGAGGAGUUCAAGUUUCUCACGGAAUGA